AAAAAGUCAUUGAGGGCUGGCAAGAUGGCUCAGCAGUUAAGAGCACUGACUGCUCUUCCAGCAACCUUAUAUGGUGGAUCACAAUCAUCCAUAAUGAGAUCUGGUGCCCUCUUCUGGCUUACAGGCACACAUGCAGGCAGAACACUAUACAUAAUAAAUAAAUCUAGGCUGGGCGGUGGUGGAGCAUGCCUUUAAUCCCAGCAAUGGGGAGGCAGAGGUAGGUGAAUCUCUGUGAGUUUGAGGCCAGCCUGGUCUACAAGAGUGAGUCCCAGUACAGGCUCCAAAGCUACAGAGAAACCCUGUCUUGAAAAACCAAAAAUAAAUAGAUAAAUAAAAACAAAAAAAAGCCAUUGUGCAUGCAUUUAAUCCCAGCACUUGGGAGGCAGAGGCAGGCGGAUGUCGGUGAGUUCCAGGUCAGCCUGGUCUACAGGGCAAGUUUCAGGACAGGCUCCAAAGCCAUUGAAGGGCAGCAGGGACAAUCUGUUCAGUGUGCAUUCUAAGGUACUCAGUGGGCAUGGAGCCAGGUUUAUAAGGAAGAGUGAAGCAGCUGGGACUAGAGAGACAGUGACCACCUGGUGCAGGUGGCAAGUGUGGGUGGUUCAGGGUUUACUGAUAAACCCAAGAUGUGCAGGAGACAGCAACUCAGAUAAAGUAAUCCAAGGGUGGAGAGGUCACACUGGAGGAGAGAUUGACAUGUGUCUGACCCUCUGUAGUUUGAGGUGCCUGCUGUGUUCCAGUGCCAGGGCUAGGCAGGAAAAUUACAGGCUAGAGGUUCAAGUUUGGAAGCCCCCCCCCCAAUAGCCUGAGCCCAGGGUCCUGGUUUUUCCAGGUCAGCUCUUCAACCAUAGCACUUAGUGCUGUGCCUGAGAGUGAAUAGCUGUGAUUGCAUGCAUGCACCGACUGAUAGGUCAUUCCAAAGCAAAAUCCCACUGUCUGUCCAGGGCCAAAGUCGGCCCAGGGUUAAACUACGUUGUCUUUGUUGUUGCCUGUACACAUCUUACAAUGACAGAAGUAGGUAUACCAGAGAAAUGGCAAGUUACCAACCAAGGCUUUACCACAGAUCUGUUAUUAAAUAUCACAUACUGCUAAGCAGCUCUACUGGGGAACUCCUGGUUCCAGAUCCUGCUGGUGAGCCUUAGGCUCCUAUGAUUGAGGUUUCAAGUAGGGGCUAAGAUUGCAGUUGAGGUAAGAGAGUUGAAUUCACGCCUGAGAAGGCACCAGGUAGCCUAACUGUGUGUCCAUGUCUGAGGCAGAGAAGUAGAAGGAGUGGCCCCUGAAGGUGUAGCAGCCUGUGAAUAUGCUUGUGUGGAUGUGUUCGUUCUUGAUGUGGGAGUGUGCAUGUGUAAGGGAUCACAUGUGCUUGAGCUCUUCUGUCUAUGUCUUGAUUCUUUGCAUGUGUGGUUGAGUUGGUAAAUAAGUAUAUAUGAGUGUUAGUAUAUAUGAAUAUAUCGUGCCAGCAUGUGUGUGCACGUAUUCAUGAGUGUACACAUCUUUGUAAAUACAUUUGUAUCUAAAUGCAUAUGUAUGCAUAUGGGUAUACACAAUGUCUAUGAAUGUGCACCUGUGUGCAUAUGAGGGUAUGUUGUAUGUGCAAGUGAAUGUUUGCAUAUAUAACACACACACAUAGACAUGUGUGCAUGCGUGUAUGCACAUGAGGGUGUGUGUCUCUGAUUGCAUACAUGUAGUCCCAAGAGGGAAUUCACAGAUGUGAGGAUGUGGGGGCAUUUCCUCAGGAACCCCUGUUGUCCUGCUGGCUGCCCCCUCUUCCUGCCCUGAGGGGAGAGGCCCUCACUACAUAAAGAGGCCUGGAGCAGCCACUCCUGAUGGUGGUCCAUGCCUGCUGCUGCUACCUCCUAGGCCCUAGUCUGGAGUGUCAGUGCUGAAUGCUUGGGGGACUCCUGCCUCAAAGCUUCCCAGGAGCAGGUCCCACCUGCUCGCUCCCAUGACCAACAUGAGCUGGAGCUUCCUGACGCGGCUGCUGGAGGAGAUCCACAAUCAUUCCACCUUCGUGGGCAAAGUGUGGCUCACUGUGCUAGUGGUCUUCCGAAUUGUGCUAACGGCUGUGGGUGGCGAGUCCAUCUAUUCGGAUGAGCAAUCCAAGUUCACUUGCAACACGCGGCAGCCGGGCUGUGACAAUGUUUGCUACGAUGCCUUCGCGCCCCUGUCACACGUGCGCUUCUGGGUCUUCCAAAUCGUGGUCAUUUCCACCCCUUCUGUCAUGUACCUGGGCUAUGCAGUCCACCGCCUGGCACGCGCCUCGGAGCAGGAGCGCAGACGCGCCCUCCGUCGUCGCCCCGGCCCUCGGCGCGUGCCCCGGGCUCAGCUGCCACCGCCGCCUCCUGGCUGGCCGGAUGCCACUGAUCUGGGCGAGGCGGAGCCCAUGCUGGCGCUGGAGGACGAGGAGGACGAGGAGCCGGGGGUGCACGAGGGCCCGGGGGAAGACACGGAGGAGGAGCGCGCAGAGGAUGUGGCUGCCAAGGGGGGUGGAGGUGAUAGCAAAACGGUGGUCACUCCCGGACCGGCCGGGCAGCACGAUGGGCGAAGGCGCAUCCAGAGGGAGGGCUUGAUGCGCGUGUACGUGGCCCAGCUGGUGGUAAGGGCGGCCUUCGAGGUGGCCUUUCUGGUGGGCCAGUACCUGCUGUACGGCUUCGAGGUGCCGCCCUUCUUUGCCUGCAGCCGCCAGCCUUGCCCGCACGUGGUGGACUGCUUCGUGUCGCGGCCAACCGAGAAGACGGUCUUCCUGCUGGUCAUGUAUGUGGUUAGCUGCCUAUGCCUGCUGCUCAACCUCUGUGAGAUGGCGCACCUGGGCCUCGGCAGUGCGCAGGACGCUGUACGCGGUCGUCGGGGAACCUCAGCACCGGGUCCUGGCCCGGUGCCGCGCCCGCCUCCCUGCGCUUUCCCGUCUGCGGCUGCGGGCCUGGCUUGCCCUCCCGAAUACAGUCUGGUGGUGCGCGCGGCUGAACGGGCGCGCGCGCACGACCAGAAUUUGGCUAAUCUGGCCCUGCAGGCACUGCGCGAUGGGGCGGCGGCGGCGGUGGCCGCAGAUCGGGACAGCCCUCCAUGUUCAGGGCUCAAUGCAACCUCUCGGGGGGCACCCAGGGCGGGUGGCCCAGCUUCCGGAACCGGUAGUGCCACGUCGGGGGGCACCGUUGGGGAGCAGGGCAGACCCGGGGCUCAGGAACAACUGGUCACUAAGCCUAGGGCGGGCUCUGAGAAGGGCAGUACAGGCAGCAGGGAUGGCAAGGCUACUGUGUGGAUCUGAGGGCACUGGGGAGAGCUCAGGGAGGGCCUAGCAUAAGGGUUCAAUGGAAAUCUUUGUUCUCAACCAGUGGCCACUGACAGAUCCCCUUAGGGGUCUUUAGAAGAGGAAGCUGAAGACCCCUAAGAGGUGCUGGCUCAGGUACCUCCCUGCAGGAUGUGAAGAGGAGUCACCAGGGACUUGUCUGUGGCCCCUGGGUGGGGGGAGGCGAGCUGUGUUCCAGUAACUGACUGCCCCUCCAGGCUAUUAAACAGGAUGACCCCUCCGCUGGGCCCCCCAGCUUUCUUUUAGGCUCUCCAGCAGCUUCCCGGUAGAAUAGAGGUAACUGGCAAGAACCUUUUGGGGACGGUGUUUAUCCUCACUGCAGCAACAAGUGGGUUCCUCUACAGCCCCCUCAGUCCUGAUGAAGUCAGAGAACUCUCAGGUCAAGGACAAGCAGGUAGCCUUGGGUCUACUUGCAGCUCUUGGCUCCCUGUGUGAGGCAACUAAGUAAGACCUGAAGGAGACCUGGGCUGAGUACAGCCUCCUCUCCCUGAGCUGAGGUAGCCAGGCAUGGGCCGUUUCUAGGACAUCCUGGAAAUUCUGUCAUGCCUUGCUGCUUAGAUCCAUAAGGCUGUGGUCCAGAGCCGUGUUUUUGGCCAUGCUGGAAAAUUAGAGCUCUGGGGAGCCUAGACCCAUCUUUUGUGCCCUCCUCCCUGUUUU